GACCGUCACCAACGCCACGAAGAUUCCCGCCGCGACGGUCGACGUCAUGUUGGCCGCCAGCAUCGACGGGAAGAACCCCGCAGAGAUGGCAGACGCGCUGCUCUCACUGGGCACGCUACUCCUGGAUCACAACACGAACCACGUCCCGCACACCAAGAACGACAUGGACCUCUACCUGGGAUACCUGAAGAUUUCACGCUACAUCCACAAACUAGCCGCCGUCAAGCACAUGGAACGCAAGCACGAGGUCACGCUCCUGGAAGUCCACGGCUUCGUGCGCAUCAAGCUCGACCCCGAGUUCAUCGAGCUGCCCGCGAUCAUGCGCGCUGUCGCGAGCGCGCCCAUGGCCAUCAUUAGUGUCAACCUCGCCGAGUACAUUUUCGCUGCCAUGUCCAAAGUCGAGCUGCCGUCCAUUCCUGCUGAUUAUACCUGCGUUGUGCAUGGGAUCCUUUUCUGGUCUUCCCAAGCAGCCGGCGUGCAGUGCUACCGCUCCCUCAUGCGUCACGCAGCUCAGUUGCCCUUCUCGUGCCAGUCCAAUGCCGCUGCCGCCGACGCCGCCCACGAUGAGCAGAGCAAGGCAGCUGCCGCGCGCCCGUUCCGCCGUGCCAAGUUCCAACGCAUCUAUGCAGUCAAGCUACGCGAACAGUCCCUCAAGCCGCCUUUCGCGUCUAUGCCUGCCAAGCGCCUCCAGUCUGGAGCCUUCAA